CUUUGUUUUCCAUAAAUCCCCCCCGACCUCUUAUCGCUUCCUCGUUCUAAAGAGAAGAGAGUGAGAGAGAGAGGGAGAGAGAUGUCGAAGGAGGUGAGCGAGGAGGCGGGGCAUGCGUCGGCGAAGGACUACACGGAUCCGCCGCCGGCGCCGCUGCUGGACAUGGGGGAGCUCCGGCUGUGGUCCUUCUACCGUGCCUUGAUCGCUGAGUUCGUGGCCACCCUCCUCUUCCUCUACGUCACCAUCGCCACCGUCAUCGGCUACAGGGUCCAGUCCCAGAACGACCAGUGCGGCGGCGUCGGGUACCUCGGCAUCGCCUGGGCCUUCGGCGGCAUGAUCUUCAUCCUCGUCUACUGCACCGCAGGCAUCUCCGGGGGGCAUAUUAACCCGGCGGUGACGUUCGGGCUGUUUCUGGCGAGGAAGGUGUCGCUGGUGAGGGCGGUGCUUUACAUGGUGGCGCAGUGCCUGGGGGCGAUCUGCGGGGUGGGCAUCGUCAAGGGUAUCAUGAAGCCCGCUUACAACUCCUUGGGCGGGGGAGCCAACGAGGUCGCUGCCGGCUACUCCAAGGGCACCGCCCUCGGCGCCGAGAUCAUCGGCACCUUCGUCCUCGUCUACACCGUCUUCUCCGCCACCGACCCCAAGCGCAACGCCCGUGACUCCCACGUCCCGGUCUUGGCUCCACUUCCCAUCGGGUUCGCGGUGUUCAUGGUGCACCUUGCCACCAUUCCCAUCACCGGGACCGGCAUCAAUCCGGCCAGGAGCUUGGGAGCUGCUGUCAUCUACAACCAGGCCAAGGCCUGGGAUGACCAGUGGAUCUUCUGGGUGGGACCGUUCGCCGGGGCGUUGGCCGCGGCGGCGUACCACCAAUACAUCCUAAGAGCGGCGGCCAUCAAGGCGCUGGGUUCGUUCAGGAGCAACCCCCACAACUGAGACUGGAAAGAGUACUACUUAGUAAAUUACUAAGGUGGUGGUGGUGGUGGUGUAAAAGGCUCGGUCUUGCUCGUUUGGUUUGUUGUGUAUGUGAGAGUGAAAAAAAGAGGAAGGCAGAGUUGUUGCUUUUACUUAAACCUUCUUUUUCUUAGCUGGUUUUGUGCUCUCUUUGUCAUGUGUAAUGUACGGAGGGGGGUGUGUGUCUAAUUUGUUUGAUUAAGUGGGGGAAUUAAAUCAAAUGAUCCAUCGUUUUCUUGUUCC